AUGGCCACCUCACCACCAGGCUCGCCCGCAAAUGGAGUCCCACGUCCCAUGAGCGCAAUGAUCCGGCCAAACCGCAGUUCCAGUCGCAUGAGCAUGAGCAGCAAGCCCAGUGGAAGCAGAGCCUCAGACGACGACAGUAGAACCGCAGUCAAAGUUGCUGUGCGCGUACGGCCUCCACUCCAACACGGCGAACCUGGCUACGAGCUCAUCCCCCAGCGCUUUCGCAAUGCCCUCUGUCACGUUACUUCACCCUCGAGCCUCACUGUAGACGCACCUGGCGGCAAGAAGGUCUUCGUCUUCGACCGAGUCUUUGGCGAGGACAUUGAGCAGGAAGGCGUCUUCGAAUAUGUCUCGGACAGCGUCAACUCGUUUGUACAGGGCUACAAUGUCUCUAUUCUCGCCUACGGCCAGUCGGGCGCUGGAAAGUCAUACACAAUGGGCACCACCGGUCCCCGGGACCAAGCGGAUGCCGAUGUCAUGGGCAUCAUCCCCCGUGCUGCGGCGUUACUUUUUGAGAAACUCGAGGGCUGCCACAGCCGCACCCCAUCAUCAGGCAUUCGUGCUCCAAGCCGAUUGUCGGGAAUGCACAAUGCCUCGGCCAAGUCCUCAUCGCCGGCGAACAGGAAUUGGCAGCUCAAGGCGACUUACGUCGAGAUCUACAACGAGCAACUUCGCGACCUUCUGCUCCCUGAACACAUUGCCGCUGUCGAGCGACCACAAGUGAACAUUCGCGAAGAUCGUGAUGGCCGCAUUCUCCUCACUGGACUGACUCAGAUACCCAUCAACUCUGUCGACGACAUGCUUGGCGCUCUCAACUUCGGCUCCGCAAUCCGACAGACUGAUGCAACCGCUGUUAACGCCAAAUCGUCCCGCUCUCACGCCGUCUUUAGUCUGAACUUAGUUCAAAAGAAGUCAUCCCCAGCCCCCCUUACCACUACACGUGAGAAGCGCCGCUCGGUCCCCAUCGAAAUGAUGUCAGGAUCAAGCGAAAGCUGGGUCACGGUCGACAGCAAGCUCCAUUUCGUGGAUCUAGCAGGAAGUGAGCGGUUGAAGAACACCGGGGCCCAGGGCGAGCGUGCCAGAGAAGGAAUUUCAAUCAAUGCCGGACUUGCAAGUUUGGGUAAAGUCAUUUCGCAGCUGUCAGCACGCUCGCACGGCGGCUAUGUCUCAUACCGCGAUUCUCGGCUCACGCGUCUUCUGCAAGACUCGCUUGGCGGCAACGCCAUCACCUACAUGAUUGCUUGCGUUAAUCCUGCAGAGUUUCAUCUUAGCGAAACCUUGAAUACAGUGCAAUAUGCACAGCGAGCACGCGCUAUCCAGGUCAAGCCACAGAUUCAACAGGUCCAUGACGACAGCGAUAAACAGGCCGCCAUCGACCGGUUGCGGGCCGAAGUCCAGUUUCUCCGGGACCAGAUACGGUUAUCCGAGCGUACGGAUCGCAAGAAGGGCAGUUCUCAAGAUCGGGGCGAGCGGCAGGACGAGCGCGAAGCCGAGCUUCAGAACCAAUUGCUCGAUGUUCAGGAAAACUACAAUGCUCUUAGCGCCCGUCACGCUAAGCUUAUCUCCGAGAUCACAAAGGCACGCGACAACAACGAGACGGAGACGCCCAUGCUCAAGGAUGCCAUUGGCGAUUCUGCGCUUGAGCGAUUGAAGCGUUCCAAUUCGUUCGCCGAAGCUGUCGAGUCUGUAGUGCUGGAAUACGAGAAGACGAUCCAAACGCUAGAGUCGUCCCUCUCUAAUACCCGCUCAACCCUAUCAACGCAUGAGAGCGAUCUCCUGGAGAAAGAGACGCGUAUCGCAAUUCUCGAAAGCCAGAACCACCACCUGCAAGCACGCAUUCAGAAAGCAAUGGAGCGGGACGCAAACAAUGAAGAAUACGUCCAGUCACUCGAACGCCAGAUCGACAAUUCGGCUAAUGGCAUUGAGAAGAAUGACACCGUCAUCUCUGAGCUGCGGGAGAAGCUACAAAAAGCUCGUGAGAACGAGACGAGCAGCGAGGAGUACAUUUCCACCUUGGAAGAGCGCCUAGCCGAGAACGAGCAGGAGACUGAGAUCAUGAGUCGCGAGAUUGAGCGACUCAAGCAUGUCGUUGAAAGGCAACGUAGCAUCGCCAAAUUAGACAAUUUGCUUUACGAACUCGACAAGGGUGACGGGAAAUCCGAUGAAUACCUCAACGGUCAUGCGCGGGCACCCAGCGAUCCCUUUCUCGACAAGCGUCCUAAACUGGAGAAGCGAGCCACGGGCGAAAGCAUGCAUCAGUUCGGCACACCAGUCGACGCCAUUCCCGAGGAGGCCGACAGCGAGCGUCCACACACCGCCAGCACAGCUGCUGCUCAUGGCCCAGAGGACAACUUGGCUGUCAAGGCUGUCGACGAACCUUCCAGUCCCGCACAAUCUCGCUUUGUUCACGACAAGCUCGACACUGUUACACAAGAGCUGCUUGAUCUACGUGUAGAACACGAAGGAACUCUUCAGGAUUACGAGAAGCUUGCUAGCAAGUACCAAGAAGCUCUCCGGACUCUGGCUGCUCUCCAAGACUCCGUCGACGAAGCUCGUCUUCGCGGGCCGGCAUCUGUGCCAUCUUCACGACCGGUGUCCUUCCUAGCAAACGCUGCAGGCAAUGGACCAACGGCAGAAGACGGAAAGAUGUCAUCAUCGAUGACAUUGUCUGCAGAGUUGUCUAUGGCUGAGGUCGGCAAUACCAGUAUAGUAGAUGACGACACAGAAGUUGGCGCUGAACAGAGCCCGGAGCGGUGCCCAUCAGCCACCUCUAUGCACCAAGAACAGCAUGUUCCGGAGGCUGUGUUGGUCCAAGAGCUCAAGGCUUUGAAGCUUUUAUACAACGAGAAGGAAGAACGCGUGGGCAAGCUGGAACAGGUCUAUGCUGAGCUGCAAGAAGAACAUCAGGACACCCUCGACUACGUUGAGGAGCUUAAGUCGGAGGUUACGAAAGCUCAGAUGAACAGGCCUUCUUCGCCAUCACUCCACAUGAUCCGCCGCAAGUCCAGCCAGGCAGUCCUUGCCAAUGACCGCUCUAACCGCGCUUUUGCCUCGCUCCGCAACCUUGGUCUGGAUACAUUCGAGGAGGACUCUGAUGCUCUACAGUCUUUCGAGCUCAAUCUGAACACAAUCAUGUCUGAGUUGCAUAUCCGGUCUGAACGAGUUCAGGACUUGGAGAUGGAGGUGCAAACCGUGCGCAAGGAGAUGGAAGGCAAGAUGACCUUGAUCAGCGGUCUGACCAAGGAACGUUCCAGCUUGAAAGCUAGUUCGCCUCUUGACAUCUCAAUUGUUGCUUCUAUGCAGGAGCAGAUGAGGCAGAACGAGGAGCAUAUCAAAGAGUUGAAGGAGUCACAUACUCAGCGUGAGCAUCACCUCCAGGAGCAGAUUGAAUCGCUCAAAGCUUCCGUCAGGCCCAUCGACUCAUCAGAGGAGGUAUUAUCACCACGACAGAUCCCUGACGCGCCAUCAUCGCUCAACGGAGUCGGCGUAUCUGAGGACGCUACUACUCGUCAUAGCGAGCUCACUAGCCUCACCGAAGAGGCUGCACAUUGGCAAUCCAAGCAUCUCGAGGCUAUUGAGGUUACCAGAGUUUCCGAGCAGCGCCAUCUCGAAACUGUCCGUGAGCUGGAGUCUGCGAAGCAACGCCUUGAAGUCGACCACGCUCUACGCUUGUCGGAGAUUGAGCAGACCCGAGGCGCAGAGGCUGAGAUUGCUCUACAGCAGGAGAGGUCCAAGCACGCUGAGCUCAUCGCCGCACUACAAGCUGAGGUCGACGAGCAUAAGUCAACGGCUAUCAAUAACGCUGCACGCCUUGCUGAGCUUGAGGAGUCACAUGCAAGCAUCAUUCAACAGAUUGAAGAAGACUCCGAAGCCCGUGCUCUCACCGAGAAGGAACUAGAUACUCAUCGUUCUCUCGUUGCAAACUUGGAGAGACAAAUUGAGGAGCACAAGUCAGCCAUUGAGUAUCAUGAACAAGGCAUGAACUCUAUUCAGGAAUCGCAUGCAGCUGAGCUCGAGAAGCUCAGACUGGAGCUUUCUACUCAUCAAGAGAGCGCAACUUCGCUAGAAGCUGAUCUCGUCAAGGCCAAGAGCGAGAUGACAAUGCUACUUGAGGGUGUUUCAGCGGCCUUGGGCGAAGAGACCGAUGUCAGCACCAUUGUAUCUCACAUUGAAUCACUGGUCGCAGAACGCAAGUCCAUUGCCACUCGACUUGAUGAGGCUGUCAGUGAUCUUGAAUCAGCGAGGAAGGAGCUUACGGAGGCUACCAAAACCAUCAGCACACUCAAGGGUAAUCUGAAGGAGUUUGAGGUCAUCAACGCCGAAACCUUGAAGGAGCUCGAGAGGGUCAGUGAGAAGGAGAACAAGAGCGCCCGCCUCGUCCAAGAGCUGGAAGACCAGCUCAACCAGAACUGGGACCAGCAUGAAGCUGCCAACAACCGACUGUCCGCUCUACAAACUGAGCGUAGUCGCGAGCUUCAAGAUGCCAUGACCCAUGGCGAUGAACUUGAGAAGGAAGUGCAAGAAUCGCGUAUCAAGAUUGCGCUCCUAGAGUCACAACUCGUGGACGCAAAGCGAAACUCAGCCCGUGGCUCCCUGGACCCUCGUGAUGAUCUUCAACGAUCCAACUCAAACAACUCCACCGCGCGCAAGAGCACAGCACACACGUCGUUGCCUUCGCCACCGCCCGCGAUUCCCCUUCCUCCACUCCCUCCUGGCAGCCCACCACCUCAAGCUGCUGCGCCUUCCCCACCUACCUCGCGCCACCAAAGCAAGGACAUUGCACAUGCUCAGUUGGUUGAGGACCAGGAGGCUCGCAUCCGCACCAUCGAGAAGCACCUCUUUGCCGAGAAGCAACUUACAGCUACUCUUGAGGAUGCUUUGACCGAUUUGGAAGCAUCAAGCACCAAGACCAAGACUGAUCUGGAUCAGUUCAGAAAGAAGUGCGCUAGUUUGGAAGAGGAACUGAACGUGAUGCGCAAAGAGCGCAGUCAAGCCCGUCACUCUCUCCAAGCCGUCGAGGAAGAGCGAAACGCACGUCUCCGCGUCGAGGCUGAGCGAGCCCAUCUGGAAGCCCGCAUGGCCGCCCUCAACAAUGCGCAAAAGAAGAGCAAGAAGAAGGGAACUCUGAACUGCUUCUAAGUUUCUGUGCUCACCCACACCAUACCUUUGACCUUUAUGUAUCUGCUUUUAUUCCACCUGCUUACACCGGCGCACUGGGAAGGAAUCAUUACAAUACCGCGCUACAUACCCCGAUACACCUGUUCGUCAUACUUGCCUGGACGUUUUCGACAGCAUUUUCUUCGACAUGUCUUUAUGCUUUCAACGAUUUGCAAUGCUCGCAUCUCUGGCACACAUACACCGUUGGACGAGCCAUGUCGCUUCGGACAUUGAGAAGUCCCUUGUUACAUACUUUCCCUUUGCCUUCUUGUUCUUCAUGUUCCUAUGCCCCAUACCCCCCUUUUCCCCUCUACUUGGUUUACCUUCAAUAAUGUAUUUUACUUGCGGCAGUCGACGGCUCGAGGGUCGUUCGUCUUGUCUAUUUGAUGAGCAAGCAGUAUGCAUUUGCACAACCCCUUUUUUUUGGAUGUGCAACAGCGGGGAGCGAGUGUCUUUUACUUUGGAGCAAUGAUUAUCUCGUGUAGAUAUCUUUUUCAUGUCUUUAUUCUCUUUGCCAAAUUGGGUGUUUUAUUCCACGAUUGUCGCGAGGACUGGGGGGAUAUGAGAGGCCUGGUUGAGGGGUAGUUUGAAAAAGAGAAUAUCAUGUCUUCCUUG